UUGUAGGGCCCUGACAGGUGUAAAAAAUAAUGGUUCAAGUUCUCUUCUACCUCAAAUUUGGCACUUUUAGAACCACUGAGUUUAGAGAGAUAAUAAUGUAGUAUGUUUAGAGACAAAAUACUUUUGUCUCCUUUUGCUUGAAACUUCCACCUAUUGAGUCUUUCUCCGAAAAAGUGACCACAGGCACUAUACUGCUAAUAGCAACAGCCCUGACCUAUAUUCACGUAUGUCGUAUUCAGGUAUGAACUAAGCGCAAUGCUGACUAAAGAUGCUUUUUAGAACCGAAGUGGCAAAAGCCACCUGAGACAGGAACAGAAGUGCCAGCGUUAAGUGACAGAUGAACAGCCAGUAGCAAAAGUGGCAGCCUUGCAAUUUCCCUGCAUUUAUGGAGUACGAAAACGGAGGGGUAUUACCUCGUUUUGUUUCUCCAGGUUGGAUGCUUAUCUUAAUAUUCAGCAAUAUUGUGUGUGCUAAAACAGAGUAUAAGAGGAGGGAUGUGUUUUCUCCAGCUCAGGCGUGUGUUGCUCCCGCUCUGCGUGGCGGCCUGCUCGGGGCAUGGCUGUGCCCCUCGCCCCAUCCCCCUGCUUCCAGCCUGCUCUCGUAUUUUGUCUGACAGCGCUCUCUGCUUAUUAACAUGACUAUAGCCUCUUUGUGCCCUCCGUCAGAAGAAAUCCCGCGCCAGAAUAAAUUUCAGGGGCGACAGAUUGGAACAGUUUGGCCAGAUGAUGGCACACAAAGGUCUGCGGGCGAAGCAGCACCUGUGGUUUUGCACCUCCCCGGUUUGGCCCCGGGCAGGAGCAGCGGUGGGCGCGUUUGCUACCCUCCUCUGGCCGAUCCUCUCCCUGCAUGCUGGACCCCGGGGCAGAGGUGAGGGCCUUCAGGUAGACCCUGCGAAGGAGAUGGCGGUGGCUGCAAUAAGCAGUUACUAUCUUUGUGUGUCCCCAGGAAGGGGUGCUCAGCUGUGCUAUACUUUAGAGCUAAGAAAAACAUGGUAUUCUGGUUCCUAGAAAAGGAACAGUUUGCAGGAGUCUUUCCAUGACCGUGUCCACUGACACUGGCAUCCGGACUGGACUGGGAAAAGCAACGAGCAGCCCCAGGCCAGGGCAGAGAAAUGCCCGUGGGUUUCUUUGAGGCUGUGUCUUGUCUGAGCACCUCCUAAAGCAGAAGGGAUUUUUCCUUUCUCCCACGAUGGGCUCUGGCUGCAGGUUGCUUUGGUUGGAUCCUGCGAGGCCAACUGGCGGACACCUCUCUGCCAGGCUGUGGGCGGGGGGACACUAGGUACCCCGUCGGGGAAGGCGCCGGGGGGCAGCUGCCUCCCCAGGAUGGACGGGGGCUAACGCGUGCCUGGUGACAGCGUGAGGGUCGCGUGCCUCGGCCCCCAGCCCUUCCUGGGGAGGCAGCCGACCUGAACCCCUCGCUUUGCGCCAGGCUGUGGGCCCCGGCCGGGCGCGCUGGGGGCCUGUGCAGGGCCCCGGGCACCCCCGGGGGGCAGGAUCCACGCGAGCCCUGUGCGGGGGAGGCCAGUGGCGAGCGGGCCAGUGGGGGGCUCUCCCGGCCCCAGCGCCGGGGCCGGUCGCCGAUGCACGUCCAGGCUGGAGGGAUCGUCCCCGGCUGGGAGGAGCCAGCAGCUCCGCUGCUGUAAACAGUGCGGGCACCGCCGGCGGCUGGAAGAUGGAUAUAAAUAGGGAGGCGGAGGGGAGGCAGGCGGAGCGGAGCCGCCUGCGCUGCCGGCCGUGCCUCUGCAGCCGGGUGCAGCGCCCGCGGGGUCCCGAGCGCCGCGGCGGGCGGCGGCAGCGACCGGGAGGCGGCGUGAAAAGUUCGCGGCUCUGGCUGCCGCGGGAUAGGUGUCCAGAAAACUAAAAACACUGAAGAAUGGCUUUUCCUACCUCCAUGUGCCUGGUGGAAAACUUCUUUUUGCUUCUGUUUGUAAUCUCCAUUGUAAGCACAGCAGAAGCAGCUGUGGCAUGUCCUGAUAAGGAUCCUGAGCUGGAAAACUGGAACCCAGGUCACGAUGAAGAAAACCAUGUUGAAAUCCGCAACGGCAGGAAGCUCCUUCUCUCGGCUUCUGCCACUGUCCGCUCCAUCCACAUCACAGAUGGAGGAAAACUGGUUAUUAAAGACGAUGUACAGCCUAUCAUUUUGCGUGCUAGACAUAUACUCAUCGAAAAUGAUGGAGAGUUACACAUCGGCAGCGAGAUGUGCCCUUACCAAAGCAAUGUGGCCAUCAUCUUGUAUGGGCGAGCGGAUGAUGGCAGCCAGCCAAAUCCCUACUUUGGGCGAAAGUAUAUUGGAGUAAGUAAAGGUGGCACUGUUGAGAUCCAUGGGAGGAAAAAGUUAUCCUGGACUUUCUUAAACAAGACUCUCCAUCCUGGUGGCAUGGAAGAAGGUGGAUAUUUCUUUGAAAGGAGCUGGGGUCAUCGAGGUGUCAUUGUCCAUGUUAUUGACCCAAAGACAGGGGCAGUUGUCCAUUCAGAUCGGUUUGAUACCUACAAAUCAAGAGGGGAAAGCAUACGCCUUGCCCAGUAUUUGAGUAGGGUUGCAGAUGGCAUGAUCCUGUCGGUUGCAGUGAACGAUGAAGGAUCUAGAAACUUGGACGACACAGCCAGGAAAGCAAUGACCAAACUGGGCAGCAAGCAUUUCCUCCACCUUGGGUUUAGACACCCAUGGAGUUUUAUUACUGUUAAAGGAAAUCCCUCCUCUUCUGUUGAAGACCACAUUGAAUAUCAAGGUCACAAAGGGUCAGCGGUGGCCAAAGUAUUCAAGCUAUUCCAAGCCGAGAAUGGAGAACAUUUUAACGUCUCUUCCACGAGUGAGUGGGUUCAAGAGGUAGAGUGGACAGAGUGGUUCGAGAAGCCUGAUAAAGCAAGAUCUAAGGACAUGGAGAAGCUUUCAGAUUUCAAAGCUGCUCAUCCUGAUAAAAUCUGUAGUCAGCCCAUUGAUAUCCAGGCACUGACGCUUGAUGGAGCUAAUUUAACAACUGAGGUUUUUUACAAAAGUGGCCGUGAUUAUAGGUUCCUGUGCCAUGGUAAGGACCAGACAGACGAAGGUUGCCAGAACUACAAAGUACGGUUCCUGUGUGGCAAAUCUGUGAAACCCAAGCUCACAGUUACCAUUGACACCAAUGUGAACAGCACGAUCUUGAAUCUCGCGGACGAUGUGAGCUCGUGGCAACCUGGGGACAGGAUUGUGGUUGCUAGCACGGACUACUCCAUGUACCAGGCAGAAGAGUUCCCGGUGCUGCCAUGCAGGUCCUGCAGAGCCAACCAGGUCAAGGUAGCAGGGAAAGCGACGUACCUCCACAUUGGAGAAGUCAUUGACGGCGUUGACAUGAGAGCAGAAGUGGGGCUGCUGAGCCGGAACAUCAUGAUCAUGGGCGAGAUGGAGGCGCAAUGCUAUGAGUACAGCAGCAAGUUGUGCUCCUUCUUUGAUUUCGACACCUUUGGGGGACAUAUCAAGAUUGGUCUUGAUUUUAAGGCUACACAUAUCGAAGGUCUAGAAUUGAAAUAUAUGGGCCAGCAGACAAUGGGACAUUACCCAAUUCAUUUCCAUAUGGCUGGAGAUGUGGACGAGAAGGGAGGCUACAACCCUCCAACUUACGUGAAGGAUGUCUCCAUUCACCAUACCUUCUCCCGCUGUGUCACUGUCCAUGGAUCCAAUGGUUUACUGGUGAAGGAUGUUGUGGGUUAUGAUGCACUGGGCCAUUGCUUCUUUACUGAGGAUGGACCAGAAGAACGCAAUACAUUUGAUCAUUGCCUUGGACUGCUUGUUAAGCCUAGUACUUUGCUCCCCUCUGACCGAGACAGCAGGAUGUGCAAGAUGAUCACAGAGGGUGCUUACCCAGGGUACAUCCCAAAACCCAGGCAGGAUUGUAGUGCAGUAUCCACCUUCUGGAUAGCCAACCCCCACAACAACCUUAUAAACUGUGCAGCUGCGGGAUCUGAAGAAACAGGCUUUUGGUUCGUUCUGCACCACGUGCCCACGGGGCCCUCGGCAGGCAUGUAUUCCCCCGGCUAUUCGGAGCACAUUCCGAUGGGGACGUUCGCCAACAACCGCGCACACUCCAACUACCGGGCUGGGAUGAUAAUUGAUAAUGGUGUUAAAACCACUCCAGCCUCAGCCAAGGAUAAAAGACCUAUCUUGACACUGAUUUCUGGGAGAUACAGCCCACACAAAGAUGCUGAUCCUUUGAAGCCCAGGGAACCUGCCAUAAUUGAACGCUUUAUUGCCUACAAGAAUCAGGAUCAUGGGGCCUGGCUGCGGGGUGGAGAUGUGUGGCUGGACAACUGCCAGUUUGCUGACAAUGGCAUUGGCCUGACCUUGGCAAGUGGUGGAACCUUCCCUCAUGAUGAUGGUUCAAAGCAAGAAAUCAAGAACAGCCUGUUCGUUGGCGAGAGUGGAAACUUGGGCACAGAGACUAUGGACAAUGAGAUCUGGGGACCUGGAGGCCUGGAUCACAGAGGAAGGACCCUGCCUAUUGGCUCGAAUUUUCCCAUUCGAGGAAUCCAGUUCUACGACGGACCAAUCAACGUCCAGAACUGCACGUUCCGCAAAUUUGCUGCCCUGGAUGGCAGACACACGAGUGCUUUGGCGUUCCGGCUCAAUAAUGCCUGGCAGAGUUGUCCCAACAACAACGUCACCGACAUUCAUUUUGAAGACGUCCCUAUUACCUCAAGGGUCUUCUUUGGAGAACCUGGACCCUGGUUCAAUGAUCUGAAUAUGGAUGGUGAUAAAACAUCAGUUUUUCAUGAUGUAGAUGGUUCUGUGUCUGAAUAUCCAGGCUCAUAUCUUAUAAAAGAAGAUAACUGGUUAAUCAAACACCCUGACUGCAUUGAUGUGCCUGACUGGAGAGGGUCUAUCUGCAGUGGACAUUAUGCACAGAUCUACAUCCAAGCCUACAAGCCAGCCAACCUGAAAAUGAAAAUAAUAAAAAAUGACUACCACAAUCAACCACUCUAUUUGGAAGGGGCUUUGAGCAAAAGCACUCAUUACCAGCAAUAUCAGCCAGUUAUAACUCUGAGGAAAGGCUACACCAUCCACUGGGACAAGACAGCCCCUGAAGAACUGGCCAUAUGGCUCAUCAACUUCAACAAGAAUGACUGGAUCCAAGUAGGGUUUUGUUAUCCUAAAGGAACGACAUUUUCCAUUCUCUCAGACAUCCAUAAUCGUCUUUUGAAGAAAACGUACAAAACUGGAACCUUCUAUAGAACCUCUCAGAUGGAAAAACUGGAGCACAGAUAUCCUAGCAAAGGAUACUACUACUGGGAUGAGGACACUGGACUGCUGUUUCUGAAACUGAAAGCUCAAAACGAAAAGGAGAAAUUUGCUUUCUGCUCUGUCAAAGGCUGUGAACGAAUAAGAAUCAAAGCUGUGAUUCCAAAGACCGCUGGUAUCAGUGACUGUGAAGCCAUGGCCUAUCCCAAGUACAUUGAGACACCAAUUAUAGAAGUCCCAAUGCCUAAGAAGCUCUCUAGUGCACAAUUGAAGACUAAGGACCACUUACUGGAAGUGAAAAUAGAAACUUAUAAGAAGCAGUACUUCCACCUAAAGGAUGACUUUGCAUACAUGGAGGUUGAUGGUAUAAGGUUUUUCCUAACUGAUGAGGGAAUUCAACUGAUUGUGAUUGACGGACAUCAUGGAAAAGUUGUUGAUCGAGUAACAUUCAAGAACUCGAUUCUACAAGGAAUUCCAGCACAAAUAGAAAAUUAUGUCAACAACAUCAAAGAUCAUUCUAUAGUGCUGGUGACAUCUAAAGGAAGAUUCAUUUCCAAAGGACCAUGGACUAAAGUACUGGGGAAACUUGGAGCAGCAGAGGAUUUUAGGUUAAAAGAAAAAAUGGCUUUUGUUGGAUUCAAAGGCAGCUUCCGCCCCGUCUGGGUGAAACUGGUCACUGAUGAGGAUUCAGCUAAGAUCUACCAAGCACUACCAAUUCCUGUGGUGAAGAAAAUGAAGUUAUGAGGACACAUUGCUUUGCCUUCUGGCUACCAGCACUGCCCCCAAUAGAUGGACUACUGACUGCUUACAAUAGGCACAUUGCCAGAGUGCUCCAGAGAUGUAGCAUUUUGUUGUUGUUUUCAAAAAGAAAUCUUACUGUAAGUAACUAGAGCGGCCACGUGUGACAAAAAAGCAUUCCUCUGUGAUCAGCCUGUGUUCUGUGAUCAUCAGCUGCUGUCCUGUUGAUUUGCUCAUUGAUACCAUGUUGAUUCUCAUGUUACAAAGCAAGGUUUGCCUCUGUUUUCACAGGGUGCUGCUCUUUCAGUGCCCCUGUGACAGGCUAAUUUUUGUGCUGCCCCUCAAAGGGUGAGUUCUAGAUCUAAAAGCCAUUGAGAAUUAUCGUUUUCCCCAGCCUGUGAACUGUCAUAACAGUCGUCUUCUUUUUCCAUGGUGUUAGCUGCUCACAUAAACAUGGAAUGUCAAUUCAAAGGUUUACUGAAAAUCUAAGAUAAAAAAUGUAUAUUUGAAUGAUUACUAAGAUACUGGGAAACUUGACUGGACAGUAAGAAUUCACCCUUAAACUUCAAAGACAUUCGAUCAAGCUCUUUGAGAUCUCUCUGCAUUGUACAUUCUAACCCACAGCACAUAGUUGGGGAAAAAAUGAUAGAGGAGUGAAUAAAGUGUACCAGCGGGGAUUGAUGAAACCAUAUCUUUCUGCUUGCUUAGAAAACAGCAGUUCUCCUAUAGGUCGUGGGAUUUUUACCAGUGGUUGCUCAGGUAGAGGGUUUUCCUUAGAGAAGCAGCUGUAGGUUAACAGGAAAGAACUGUCAAUCAGCACAUACACUUCCUUAGUCUUUCCCAUACGGUCCCUCCAUUCAACAAUAUUCAGGACCAAUCUGGAGGGCUCAUAGUUGCCAGUCAAAGAGAGCAUCCUGUCCAAGUCUCCAGUUUAUGGCUAGGAAUACUGGGACACAGCUUAUUCUGCCUCAAAGAUAGUGUUUCAUCUUUCCAGGGAGAUCAGAGGGAACAGGGUCAGACUACUCUGCUGUGUUGCUUUCCUAGUGUGUCCUCAGGCUAAGUAUGUUAGGCCUCCUGGAAGAGUUAUAUGAGGCUGGCAGGUCAUUGAAUAGAAGUCUUUGAGGUCUUACCACUGAAGAGUUAGAAUGGGAACCACCAUAACUAGUGGAAUAUCUUGAGCCUACUUUCUCCCUUCAAAUUUAAUCUUGUCAGCUAAAAAUCUGACUAAUGAAGGCAGAUUAGUGUGUCCUGCUGGGACAUCUUUUGAAGCUGGGAAGCUGAACAUUGUUCAGUGAUAUUUCUGCUCAGAAAUGCUAUCAAAGUGUCUCCUGUGGCUCUGGCUAGUCUAAGAAAUCUAAGGAGGGAGAAAAUGUAGGAAGAAUAGUUUUUCAAAGCACACAAAAUUGUCAGUUUUGCCAAUAGUAUUUGUUUUCCCCUUUUGCUCCUCUCUGCCACUGCUACUACAAAAAUUGUUCUAGCUGAUAAUGGUGACUUUGUUUUGCUCUGUUUUUUAGGGCUCUUGUGACUAAGUUACCUUUUUUUCCAUGGUAUUCAAAAUAUAUUAGCUUGUGACUAGAAUGAAAGAGCGAUGAUUCUGAGUGCCAUUCCAAAGGCUAGGUAGGUGUUGAACUCUACAAGCCUUGUCCCUAAUUUUUAGAUCAGUUGCUCUGAAAAUCAAAGCAAUCAUGGGCAAAAUUCAGGUAGUGCUGAAGAUUACAUGCCCCUCAAGCUGCUCCUGGGUUUUAAAACUGGAAAUGUUCUUUUCAGUCUUACUAUAUAGUUGUUUUGAACAAGUUGAAUGUCAUGUGUAUUUAAAAAAAAGAAAAAGAAAGAAAGGAUACAAGCUUUCCUUCCUUUGCUUCUCAACAAGAGCCUCUUAAUGAAAGAUUCCUCCUUCCAGCACAAUUAUUUUUACUCUUUAGGCAUUUGUGCCACUUCCAGGAUGGGCAAUACUUUUAAAAGGCAGGCAAGUAUUUUCCCAAUGUCUUUUGAUGGUUUGAGGAUUUCACCCUCAGAUCACAAACUAUUCCUUGAAAAAGUUAGUCUCACUUAUGUUUCAACCUUGAUUAUCUAAGUCUCACUUAUCUGAUGGCCAAAACAGAGCCAGAUCCCUGAAAUCUAGCAAAUACAGUGAAAGAAAUCACUGAGUAUGUUAAUCUGGGUUAUCUCAAUAUAUACACUAUCCUGAGGCAAUUCUGUUCAUAUAAUUGCACCUGACACAUUGUAUUAGUGGAACACACAUGCUCUCAAGAGAUGGACCAAAACCAGCAUAUUUCUUUCAUGAGCAAUUGACAAACCACGUGAAAGAAAGCAAUACUGAGAAAGUUCCUGGUUUGGGCUUUGGUUUUCUGCAAAGCACCAUGGGUGCAGGGGUUGCCCUUUGCUGUGCACCAUUUAACUGGGUCACUGACAGUUUCCCUUCCCUGCUCUUUGUGUAAAUGCCUGGGAGGAUCAUGCCACAUGGGUCAAUCCCCUAGACUGGUUUGGUCAGCUACCACAAGCAUGUUGUAUUUGUGCUAACGUGAAGUUUCUAAUUUUACAAUUUUUGAAAUUCUCAGGGUGAAAUCAUAAGACUUGGCUCUAGGAAAACUUUUUUUUUUUCCUAAAAAGUCUUAUCUUAUUAAAAGAAGAAAAUUUUUAAAAGUAGCUUUUAAAGGCUUGUCACAUGGGGCCUGUUUGGAGUUAGGGCUGGGUCUCAUGCCUGUGAAUACUUAGUAUAGGAUCACUGCAGUCUGCUAAGCCUGAUGGAUAAUAGAGCAUCGUAGCAGAGUGUAAUGGGGCAGAUACUCCUGUGAAAUGCAAAGGGCUCCCGUUGACAUUUAUGGAACGAAGUCCGUGUAUUACUCUGAAGCCAGAAUUAUCACCAGUCAGCAAUAGUUUUGUGCCAUAUGAUUACUUUUUAAUAUUUGACUGUUCUAGAAUUUGCACUUGCACACCUUGACUAGUAAAUUAACUGACUGCUUGUACUUUGUACAGUCUUUUAACAAUCCCUGCGCAAGCUGCAGUUAUCCUCUUUGUAAGGUUUUAUUACUACAUAUGUUCUCAUGUUUGCCCACAUAGACAAUUGCCAUUGUAAGAGUGAUUUUUGAUUGGAUUUUGUUUGUUUGUUUGUUUGGAUGUUUGUUUUUUGCAUCUGUUCCAAUGCUUGUAUUACCUGUCGCCGAAAUAGCUGGUCCUUUUUCGGAGUUAGAUGUAUAGUGUUUUGUACAUUUUCUUAUAGACUUCCCAAUAAAAAAAGAUAUAUUUUCUAUUUAUUUAUUACAAUGGCACUAAGACAACUAAAUUGCAGACAUAUGAAGCAUUUUUACUGGAGUUCAGCAUUGUCCAAGUUGUUAAGGAGGUCGGCAAUAUGUCUUUUCCGAUAAUCUGCUUUGCACUUGAAAGCUCUCUAUGUCCGCAGAAUGUGGUAAUGCAUUGACUGUCUAUUUUAUGAUGACAAGAGCUCUUGGAACAUUAGUUCCAAAAGUUUGUGGCUUACAACUGAAAUAGUAUGUAGUUGUUUGGAA